AAGAGGGAAGACCAAAGCGAAGUUGUCAUUGGGAGUGUUGACAGUAGUGUUGACUUUGUUUGUUACCUGCACCAACCUUGUGAUGUGAUGCAGAUCUCUAUGCUCAGAUAGUGUCGAUAGUGAUCAACACAAGAAUUAGGCUUCAACCAGCUGGACGGUACUGGUACACGAAGUUAGUUACCAUGAUUGGGAAGCCUGUCCUACAACCUGUUACAUCUGUUUGGCCAGUUCAUAGGAAACAGUUGCUUGAGGAAAUCCUGGCAGGGAGUCCACAUUAUGGUACAGUCCACAGAGUCUGGGUGGCUAGAGGUCAUAUUUUUGUGUCACUCAGUAAUGGAACUCAGCUUUUCACAUUUGAUGUCAAACCUGUGGGGAUAGGCCAGGAUUAUCAGUUUGGAAAUCUUGGAUGCCUGGACCAGUCUGAUGUCCACCCAGUCCUCAUUGAUGUGCUGUACAGCCAGAAGUUAAACUUGGCUAUCUUGGUGCAAAAGGAUGGUCAGGUUCAACUGUGGAAGUUCCUACAGCAGAGUUACAAUUGGGAAAAGGUGGAAGAUGCUGCAUUGUGUGAUGCUUCUGACUCACAGGUCCUCAGUGUGUGUCUGCUGGAGGAACAGUGUGUAGUGUACUGGUGUGAGAGGCCAGUCAGUCCCCCAAACACCAACUGUACAGUCUACAGGAGGGAUCUCUACAGUGAUAAUGCAUUUGGACCUCCAAUUAGAGUGUUGGAGAAUUGUCCACAGUGUGAUUUGCUUCCCCUUAACAAAGGAGUCUUUGCUGCAUGGAGUGAGCGCGUGAAUGUGCCUGGCCUGGUGUUGUCACCUGACAGUAACAGUAUCAGCCUAUACAUGGAUGACAAAGUGUACUCACCUCGCUCCUCUACUACAGUGAAGCCUUUAGACUUCUCGGAAGUCAUUCUGCCCUACUUGUCAAAGAUAAAGCCCAAACCAUCACUGCCUGUAAGUAGACUGUUUGACGCUGCGAACUGCUGUGUUGUUAUGGUGGAAGCGGAUGGUGGACUUUGCUGUAUUUCUGAUAAACCAGAAGUGAAAUUAGGCACCAACCUAAAAAUUCAGACAGACAUUACCAGAUUUAAAGAUGUAUCCUGCACAUUCUUCAUGCACAAAGACUGUAUUUGUCAGGUGACAGCAGAUACCCUGAUAAUACAUGACUACUUAUCGGGUGAAGUAGUUGAGCACAAAUUACUGGAGACGACCAGUACAGAUGCCCAGCUGAGUCAGCUGACUACCUCCCCUUACUUUCCCACUGUAAUGACCACAGGUGGCCUCAAGGCUGUACAGAUAAGCAGCUCAUGGAAACAGGCCUCAGGUAACCAGGAUGAGGAUUUGGUCAGCUACAGCCAAGAGAUACAGCGACCUAGAAUUGACCGGUCCAGUAACAUAGAAACAGCAGAGAUAGUGUGCAAGAGCUUUCUUCAGGGCUCCUUGCCUAGUGACAAGUUUGCAGUGGAUGGGAAAUGUUUUCAGAACCCAGCUCUGGUGAUAACAAUGUUGGACCAGCUGCAGGAAAAAGUGAAUUCACCACGCAUGACCAAAGAGAGAAUGUCUAUUGUACAAAACUACACCAAAGUGAACACAUAUAAGCAUACUCGCUACAAUGAGAGCAUUGUGCCUUACCUGAAUGAGUAUUUGAGUGUAGAGAAGACCUGUCUGGAUGUGGUCAACCAAAACCAAAAGGCAUUAGUAUCCAACGCAGAUAGUGUAGGGAAGGAUGUGUUAGCUCUGAUCCACCCAGGGUCUAGUCUACCAGCCUCAAGCAGACAGGCUCAGCUGGAAGUGCUGGCUCAGCGUCACCCAGAAACUGUCCUCCUUACCCUCAUGCAGCAGCUUGAUAUCAAGUCGGAAGACCUGAGUGAGGAGGAGAUGGAAAAGUGGAGUCAUGUCCUGGCCUCUGAGAGGAGCAUCUCCUCUGCCUACAGCGGCACCUUCUCUCUGUAUGAGAUCAUCACCAGGCUCCUCUUCCAACAGAAACCAGACCAGCUGGUGAACUUUGUACAUAUUGCCCAGGUGAUCCAUGAUAAGAAUGUUGGGGUAUCGGCCUUUAUUCGGAAACGACAAACUUUUCAGUUUUAUGAGCGAGCCCUUUCUUGUUUUCCAAAACCAGAGAGUUCCAGAGAUGUAGAAGGAGCUGUGAGAGCAAUGGCCCAGUUGAUGUUGGCAAUGCAAACCCGUUCAAGCUUGAUUAAAGCUUUACAGUUGCUGAUACGAUAUGAACAGUGGGAUCCAGCAGUAGAACUUCUCAGACAGAAUGCUAAUGGUACUCCUGCUCACCAAGAAGUCUUCUAUCUCCUGCUCACCUCCAUAGCUAAUUUUGGUGUACUAGGCAAGUAUUGUGUACCAGUUCUACAACAGAUUCCAUCGGGUACCAGCUUAGCGUCCAUACUUGAAAUGAUGAACUCCCAAUGCAAAGACAGUCAGCCAAUAUCAAGUCCUCAAGAUAUAUUUUGUCGAGGUUCUGCAGAUAUAGAGUUUGGUCGUGUUCAGGGAAUCUUCCUCUCUUUGCUGACCAAGGACAAGACUGAGAGCACAUGAGGAAACAGUAAUGUAGAACUUUGAAGCGACUGUAUGGUCAUUGAGAUAAAUAUAUUCUAUCUUCCUUAUUCUGACCAGAGAUUUACAUGUCAUAAUAAACAUUUAUAAUUCAUCUUUGGCAUACGCAGUUCAUAGUGCUGGUGUGAUUAUUGCAAAAUACUCAAAUUUUACAUCAUAAAAUUAUUGACACCAAGUACCUGAUGAAUUGCAGUACUGCAGACAGGGCCUGUAUGGAAAUCUACACAGUGUGGUAAAUCUGAGAUAAUGUUACAGCCAGUAUUUGCUACUUAGUAGCAUGUUCAAAUACUUUUAAUUGUAUGAAUAAGUGAAAGAUAAUAAUGCAUUUAUUGAGAAAUAUGAAUUAAUGAAUAGGUGUGUGAUGAUAUGCGGAUUGAGUCAACUUUUCAUCAUUAUUAUCAUAGGGUUUAUACCCUUUUUGUUUCUAUCAUAUCUUGGAAAGACUGUCCUAAUUGUAUGGAUUAUGUCUGGUCAUCAUGAAUAGUAUGACAUUUUUUGUAAAUAUAGGAAUAAUCAUAAUGCACAAAUAACCUUCCUAAGUUUUUAUCUGUAAAAUAUUGCCACAUACCCUGCUUCCCUACUUGGUUUAUUAAAGUCAUGAAAAGCGGUUGCCACUAAAACCAACCUAUCACACCUGGUUUAAAUUUGAUGUAUGUUUACGGCCUAAGUCUGUUUUCAUUCCUUGCUAAUCGUACUUGGUGGUGGCUUUGCGUUCAGGAUUCAUGCUGAUCUUAUGGCCCAAGUUACAGGACACUAGUUCCUUACGGCCUACUGUUUCAGUUGUAGCAGCAUUUUACACAAUUACACAAUUGUUUUAUAUAUGGUUGUCAGGCACUAUAUAAUGUACUGCGUUGUGACGCUAAGAAUUAUGUCUAUUUUUAUUUUAGUUAGGUAAAAGAUUCAGUGCUUAUCAGUUUAAUGCAGACAUUUUUGUUAAUGUUGAAAUGUUAUUAUGUUAAGAUAAUGUCAGUUUUGAAACAUUCAUAUUUGGAGAAAACAAUCAAUCGUGUAUUCUUUCUUUCAACUGUUUGAUGUAUUUAUUUAUCUGACUAGAGUUGUAAUCUAGGAUUUUUCGCUAGAAUGACGACCGCCAGUACGAGAUGCUAAUAAUAUCUGAAAAAAAGGACCUAAGACAGUGAAUGGGCUUCAAACAUGAGACUUGAUUGAGAAAUUGCAAUAAUGCUUGUCUGGCAGAACCUGUCCGACGGUUGUCUCAAUCAGCCGGCAUGGGCUGUUCAACUCAUGAUGUUGUGUUGACGUUUAUAUCUACCCAUAAGGUUGGGAUCCAAAGCCAGAUGAUAUCCUCCGUCUUUCGUUUACUGUUACUAAGGUUCGGGGAGGGAUAGUGUACAUUUAGUUCAUUUUAUCAAGUAAAGCAGAGCUGUUGAACAAGAGAAGCCGAUAACAUAUCUGUUCACCAUUAAAUGUAAAGCGUUGAAAACUAUGUGACAUUAGUUCUUGUUAGUUUAAAAUAAGUUCGUUCAGCCAGUAGUACGAGUGCGGCUAUCAGGCCAACUCCCGUAUAAAGGAUGAAAACUCCCCCUAUCCUGUCCAGGCCAAGCCUUACUGCGCUUCCGGUCUUGUAGUGUGUACAGUUUCCGGGAUGAGAAAGCCAUUUCUUUUUCAAUCCAACAACGACUCCAGCUUCCACCAUUUUUUGUAUUCUGCAAUAUAAAAAGAUACGUUGUUAGUACAUAUAUGUCAGAAUAGAAAGAAAUUACCUUUGACCCAGUCCAAAAGAACAAGAAAAGUGUGUCUAGUCGUUGGUGUCUGUGUGUAAUGGCAGUUAACAGAAUGUUGCGAAAUUUGCAGAUUUUGUAAUGGAUGCUUCCAACAUGCACGGUGCACAGUACAUUGCUUCUUAUGAGAAAUUGGCACUUUUGGUAAUCUACAGUCUGCAGACCAUUUUCAAUCCCAAUUUUGCAUGUUAAACCCAUGUGGUCUGUAUUGCUGUGCAAUUUACUCCUGUCCAUGCCUACAUUUACCAAGGUAAAGAUGUCAUGCCGACUUUUGGGACACUCUGACGGCAUGUGAACUGCAGCUCAAUUUGCACGAAAGUUUUUUUUCUCUUUUGUGCUUUUAUCAUGUAAACAUGUAGCAUACAUUUCUUUGUCAUCAACUCCUCAAAAUUUAAAAUUGACAUGCUUUCGUAGACACUUUCAAUAUUAAAUCUCUUAAAAUUGUUUUAUACACUUCUGUUGGUACCGUAGUAAUAAUCGUAAAACAGAUACUGUCGCCUAUAAUUCGUUCCUGACAGUAAAUUGACUGACUUUAUGUCGAUGGCAUGUUUGUAUGGGGAACCCUUGGGAAGGACAAAGGCAUAGGAGAAGCCGUGAUAAUGCUCGUCCGCCAGCCGUAUCUGCCCACAUGCCCUGGCCUCCCAAAACUCCAGUAUUGAGGCGUCGCCUAUGUAACUGUAUCGCCCAUCUAGGAGACCUUUUGCGGCGGCGCCUACGGAUUCUACCGGCUUCAUCCUCUCCGCAAUGUGCUUAUACAGGGAUAGAUUAGACCACUACAAGAAAGUGAACAGAAAGACUUAUUUACAUAUAUAUACGUAUUUUUAAGUACUUUUACGUAUUUUAUUUACGAACACGUAUUUAAGUAUUUAUAUAUCUGAUAAGUAGAUAGCGUGGUUUUUCACAGGUGAUAUUGAUAUUCCGAGAGUACACAUUUUUCAUAUCACCGGUGUUCCUGUGCAUCAUCUGAGUUAGAGCUUUCCACAUUUUGGACACACUGGAUUUUUUUCUUUUUCUCGUGAUUUUCUAAGACGGUACCUAGUCAAGGUCGUGUAGAACUCAUUGUCAUCGUCGUGCACCUAAUUUUUACAAUACAGAUAAAUAGCCUUCAGUGUAUCUCUUGUAUUGCAGGGGUCCCGACCUAUUGGUGUGGUAUUCAGUAAGAGUAACUAACACGCGAAGAUUACCUUUCUGUUCGGUUUAUUCUGUAAACCGAAUCCUAACCGCUUCGAGGAACACGCGCAAGGCGCGUCCUCCACCGGAAGCAACCUUCUUGGCCCGCCAAACAAGUGGGGGCAUACCAAACAUUCUCCCAUGUGUAAACGAAAUAACUGCAGAUAGAGCAUGUUUAGCUGUAUACACGUCUGUUUUUAUGUCAGUAUGUAUGCUUCUCUGUCAGCAAAUUCAAAGAACAAUUUAUGUAUGGAUUUGAAUGAAAUUUGGUGCUCAGCUUGGCCUUGAGUCAAGAAUCAAGGCAAUAAAUCGGGAUCUUUGUCGAGAAAUAUUAAACGAUUAUUCACAAUUUACAAUUGUCUG